AUGGUCUUUGACAUUGCCGUAAAUAUUACGGAUAACCAGUAUCUAGGUGAAUACUACCAAAAAACCAAGCACAUAUGCGACAUUCCCCAAGUGGUUGAACGAGCCCGAGCCAAAGAAAUCCAGAUGGUCUUCCUCGGUACGUCACUUUCCACAUCAAUUGAAAGUAUCUACUUAGCCGAACAGUACGACCAGUUUGCUACAAUCGGUAUUCAUCCCGGGAGCACUACAGAAUGCACUCCCAAGGACAUUUUAGCCAUCCAGCAACUUCUAACAGGCACUUCUCCCAAAACAUAUACCCAUUUACUUCGCGACCAAGUUCAAUCUAUUGUUACCAGUACUAACCCAACCAGCCAGCGAAUAAUUGCUAUUGGAGAGGUUGGUCUGGACUAUUUCCGAGACUAUUCCCCACGCGAAACCCAAAGAGAAGUCUUUCAGGCAAUGCUUGAACUGUCCAAACUCUCACCACUUCCCUACCUACUCCACUAUCGCGACUGUCAAGACGACUUUUUAGAUCUCAUUAGCAACUACCAAAUCCGAGGUGUUGUUCAUUCUUUCACAGGCACACUUGAAGAAAUGCAUGUUUUGACCAGUAAAGGCUUCUACAUCGGCAUAAACGGCGCCUCCAUUCGAGAAAACCCAGAGACCAAAGUCAUUGAAGAACUAGACCUCACUCGAUUACUAGUCGAAACCGAUGCUCCAUGGUGUAGCAUAAGAAAGACUUCACCCUACUACAACAGCACACAAGAAUACUUACCAGCCAAAAAGACAUGGAGUCCCGAACUAGGCUACAAAGGAAGAAAUGAGCCCCUCAACCUAUACCAAGUCAUUGAUAUCAUUGCCAGCAUCAAAGAAGUAUCUCCCGCCGAAAUCAUUCAAAUUACCAACCAAAACUUCAACAAUCUCUUCCAACCACCAACCACCAUUUAA